AAUUCAAAGCAUAUGAGGCUCUCACCCCCACAAGGAAAUUUUCAAUACGCCAAUGCAGAAUAGUAAAUAGAGCAAAUCCAAAGGGUCGGUUCGAAUUUCCGUCGUUACUAUUGCAGUAACAUUUUCAUCGUUCCCUCUCUCUCUCUCUCUCUCUCUCUCUAUAUCUGAACUGUUCGUUUUCGUUUAAAAACGACUCCAAGCCCCACCACAUGCGUUACCGACAGUUCCCCAUUUCCCCCUUUUUUAUGAGAAAGGAUUGCUGAAUAAAUGCUCUUGAUGAUGGGCCCACCGAUAAAGGCGAUUUAAAUCGAUCUGAGUGGAAGAAGGUUUUCUUUUCUUGGAAUUUUGUAUCUGUGUUUUUUCUUUCCUUUCAAGAAGAGUUGGGAUUUGGGAGCGGACUUUGAGAUGGGUUGUCGGCGUCCAAAGGCAUUUUGAAUCUUUCCAGGAAUAGAAGAAGGGCUUUGGCAUUGUUUGCGAUUUUGGAACUGGGUUUUCUAUUUUGAUGCCGGGGGAGUUGGUGUUUGGAUGUUUUUUGCAAGAGGAAUUGGUGGUGAAAGACGCUUUGGAUUGAUAUGGGAAGAGAAGGGUCUUGGCUUAUUGUGAUUUUAUAUUUGGGGUUUCGAUCUUGAUGCAAGAAGUGUUGAGAUUUGGGUGAUUUUGGGAGAGGAUUUGAGAUGGGUAUUUUGAGUGCUUUGUUUGGUUUUUGUGGAUUUGGGGUCGGGAUCUCUGUUGGACUUAUUGCUGGGUAUUUUCUCUUCAUCUACUUUCAACCCAAUGAUGUUAAGGAUCCUACGAUUCGGCCACUUGUUGAACUAGACUCCCAAACUUUGCAGCGCAUGAUGCUUGAAAUACCAUUAUGGGUGAAAAAUCCAGACUUUGAUCGAAUUGAUUGGCUAAACAAAUUUAUUGAAACUAUGUGGCCUUAUCUGGACAAGGCAAUCUGCAAUACUGCAAAGGAAAUUGCCAAGCCAAUUGUUGCUGAGAAUGUUGCCAAGUAUAAACUUGAAUCAGUUGAAUUUGAAGCCCUAACAUUGGGAACCCUGCCGCCAACUUUUCAAGGGAUGAAAGUUUACACCACCGAUGAGAAAGAGCUAAUCCUGGAGCCAUCUUUAAAAUGGGCUGCAAAUCCAAAUGUCAUUGUUGCAGUUAAAGCAUUUGGACUGAAAGCAACUGUUCAGGUUAUUGAUUUGCAAGUCUUUGCUGUUCCACGUAUUACCCUGAAACCAUUGGUCCCAAGCUUUCCUUGCUUUGCAAAAAUACUGGUGUCUCUUAUGGAUAAGCCACAUGUUGAUUUUGGACUGAAACUUCUGGGGGCAGAUGUUAUGGCAAUUCCGGGUCUGUACAGCUUUGUUCAGGAACUUAUCAAAGAUCAGGUUGCAAACAUGUAUCUAUGGCCGAAGACAUUAGAAGUACAAGUCCUCGAUCCCACGAAGGCCGCUAGGAAGCCUGUUGGAAUUCUCCAUGUUAAGGUUGUUAGGGCAUCAAAACUUAAAAAGAAAGAUCUUAUGGGGAAAUCAGAUCCCUAUGUGAAACUAAGGGUCUCAGACGACAAGCUUUCGAAGAAGACGACAGUGAAGCACAGUAAUCUCAAUCCUGAAUGGAAUGAGGACUUCAAUUUUGUUGUAAAGGACCCUGAAUCUCAAGCCUUGGAAAUCAAUGUUUAUGACUGGGAGCAGGUUGGCAAACACGACAAAAUGGGCAUGAAUGUGGUUCCUUUGAAAGAACUUACCCCUGAAGUGCCAAAAACUUUGACACUCGACCUGCUUAAAAAUAUGGACCCCAACGAUCCUCAAAAUGAGAAGUCACGUGGGCAGCUUGUGCUUGAAGUUUUAUACAAACCUUUUAAGGAGGAGGAUUUGACGAAAGAUUUCAGUGAAGACACCAACGAAGUGCAAAAGGCUCCUGAAAAUACUCCUUCAGGUGGUGGUCUGCUUGUUGUUAUUGUUCAUGAAGCUCAGGAUCUUGAGGGAAAGCACCACACAAAUCCAUAUGUAAGGAUCCUUUUCAGAGGAGAGGAGAGGAAAACUAAGUACAUGAAGAAAAACAGAGACCCGAGAUGGGAAGAGGAGUUUCAGUUUAUGCUGGAUGAACCACCUGUUAAUGAUAGAAUGCACAUAGAAGUCAUGAGUAGACCACCAAGUAUUGGCAUUCAUUCAAAGGAAGCUCUGGGCUAUGUUGAUGUCAGCCUCGCUGAUGUUAUCAGCAACAAACGCAUCAAUGAGAAGUACCAUCUCAUUGAUUCAAAGAACGGAAGGCUUCAAAUCGAGUUACAGUGGAGAACAUCAUGAAAGCAUAUUUGGACUCAAUCGGGACUAGUUUUUGUUGUUUGGGCAAAAACUCAACUGGCUGGCUGGACAAAACAUAUUCCAUCGUUUUUAUGAUUCCAACUUUAAAUUGCUUUUAGUGCAUGGUAUAAUAAUUGGAAAAGAAUCCCUGUAAAUACAUGCCACUUAUUUGUUUGAACCUUCAAAUCCUUCUUUUU